UGUAGGGAUGGAUCGUGACUAUGGCCAUGGAUCCUAUGGGGGUCAGAGAUCCAUGGACUCCUACCUAAACCAGUCAUAUGGCAUGGACAGUCACAGUGGUGGUGGUGGGGGUAGCAGCCUGCACCUGUAGGCUCUCGGGGGAGAGGAACGCCUGCUUAUCCUGAAAGUGCGUUUGGAAGCAGAAACUAUGAUGCUUUUGGAGGACCAUCAACAGGCAGAGGCCGAGGCCGAGGACAUAUGAGUGAUUUUGGAAGCAUUCAUAGACCUGGAAUUGUUGUUGACUAUCAAAACAAACCCACCAGUGUGACAGUUGCUGCCGCAAGAGGAAUAAAGAGAAAAAUGAUGCAACCAUUUAAUAAGCCUGGUGGAACCUUUAUCAAGAAACCCAAGCUGGCGAAACCUGUGGAGAAGAUGAGCCUCAGCAAAUCGCCCACAAAAACUGAUCCUAAAAAUGAAGAAGAAGAAAAGCGAAGAAUCGAGGCUCGGCGAGAGAAGCAAAGGCGCAGAAGAGAGAAAAACAGUGAGAAAUAUGGAGAUGGAUACAGAAUGGCAUUCACUUGUUCAUUUUGUAAAUUUCGAACAUUUGAAGAAAAAGAUAUUGAACUGCAUCUGGAAAGUUCUUCACAUCAGGAAACAUUAGAUCAUAUUCAAAAACAAACCAAAUUCGAUAAAGUAGUUAUGGAGUUUUUGCAUGAAUGUAUGGUAAAUAAAUUCAAGAAAACAUCUAUUCGUAAGCAGCAGACAAAUAGUCAAACAGAAGUAGUCAAGGUAACUGAAAAGGACGUUAUGGAAGGUGUUACUGCAGACGAUCACAUGAUGAAAGUAGAGACUGUUCACUGCAGCGCCUGCAGCGUCUACAUCCCGGCCCUGCACAGCUCGGUGCAGCAGCACUUAAAGUCUCCGGACCACAGCAAAGGGAAGCAGGCUUAUAAGGAACAAAUAAAAAGGGAGAGUGUCUUGACUGCUACAAGCAUUUUAAAUAACCCAAUAGUGAAGGCACGAUAUGAACGUUUUGUUAAGGGUGAGAAUCCUUUUGAAAUUCAGGAUCAGUCCCAGGAUCAGCAACUAGAAGGAGAUGAGGAGGAGGAAGAAAAGAUGGAUGAGCCUGUUGAAGAGGAGGAGGCGGAGGAGGAGGAGGAGGAGGCGGCUAAACAUGUAGUUUUGACAACCAGAGAAGUUUAUUUGCAGCACACGCGGCUGCUGGCCCGCCUGCCCGGGGCGCUCCCACGGGCCUCGCUUUUGGUCCCUGCCCGGCUCGGCUCCAUCCAACCCCGUUCACGUCGCCGUCGUUUCUCUCCUGAACGAAGUCGCUUGUUAACUAGUCUUCCUCCCACUCUCACCGCGCGAGCAUCUGUUUUUCACACAGAAGUAUCGGCUUUUGAACACACAGUGCCGGUGAUGUUUGUCGCCUUUCCUUUGAUGUUGUGUUUUCGGACCCUGACCCCGUGUCGGGGCGGCCGCCAGACCGGGCCUGCCGCGGCUCCCAGCCGUCCCUUGCCCCUCUUCCCGCAGACCCGACGGGCUUCUUCUCCGUUCUCAGGGAGGCUCUUGCUUGUCUCCAGACCCUCGCGGUUUCCGUAA